AUGUCGACUGAUAAGAUCACUUUCCUCACCAACUGGCACGCCACCCCGUACCACGCCCCCCUUUACUUGGCACAAGCCAAGGGCUACUUCAAGGAUGAAGGCAUCAAAGUUGCCUUGCUUGAGCCCAACGACCCUAGCGAUGUCACCGAGAUCAUCGGCACCGGCAAGGUCGACCUCGGCUUCAAGGCCAUGAUUCACACCCUUGCUGCCAAGGCCCGUAACUUCCCGGUUCUCUCCAUCGGCAGUCUUCUUGACGAGCCCUUCACCGGUGUCGUCUACAUCAAGGAUUCCGGUAUCACAACCGACUUCCGCACCCUAAAGGGCAAGCGUAUCGGCUAUGUCGGCGAAUUCGGCAAGAUCCAGAUCGACGAGUUGACUUCUCACUACGGCAUGACCCCCGACGACUACACUGCCGUUCGCUGCGGCAUGAACGUCUCGAAGGCUAUCAUUGAGGGUACCAUUGACGCCGGCAUUGGCCUGGAGAACGUCCAAAUGGUCGAGCUCGAGGAGUGGCUUGCCUCUCAAGGUCGCCCCAAGACCGAUGUGCAGAUGCUGCGCAUUGAUGAGCUCGCCGAACUGGGAUGCUGCUGCUUCUGCACCAUUCUCUACAUCGGCAACGAGUCUUUCAUUGCUGAGAACCCCGAGAAGGUUCGCAAGUUCAUGAAGGCCGUCAAGCGAGCUACCGACUACGUGCUUGAGAAACCUGAGGAUGCUUGGAAGGAGUACGUCGACUUCAAGCCCGUCAUGGGCUCGGAGCUCAACCGCAAGAUUUUCGAGCGCAGUUUCGCGUACUUCUCGCAGGACCUGAAGAACGUCCAGCGCGACUGGAACAAGGUCACCAAGUACGGCAAGAGACUUGGUGUCUUGGAUGAGAGCUUCAAACCCAACUACACCAACGAGUUCCUGGAAUGGACUUUUGAGGCUGACUCCGAGGAUCCCACUGGUGACCAGAAGAGGAUGGUUGAGCUUCAGAAUGAAGUCGCUUGCAGGGGUGGAUUCCGUCGCCUCAAGCUUCAAGGUGCUGCCAUCAAGGCUUAA